AAAAUACAUCAGUUGGUUUUCAUGUUGUUCUGCAUGAAUUAGUCACCAUAGUAACAAAAAAACCUUAAAAGUCCCAUACUUAGAUCGUAUUUUUUUAUAUUUUGCAUAAGUAACAAGGUCCAAUUUCGUUGCUAAGUCUGCUCAUCGGUGAAUUUAACAAGGUUUUAUGUUUACUUUUAUAUUUCAAAUAUUUCCCAUAAUUAUUUAUCAAUGUUUUUACUCUAAAUGACCGAAAGUUUAUAAAACAUUGUCCUUUUUAUAUUUCAGUACAAUUGAGAAUAUAAAAUAUGCCAUUGGUCAAGCACUUCAGUUGCGAGCCGAACUAAAUGCAAGAGAUGACAAAGUCAAGUCAUAUUUAGAAGAAGGUAAAAGAUUGAAAGCUUCAUUCAAACAACAUUUAAUGCAAUAUGAUAAGUCAAGAUAUGAAAAGUGCCAUCAGCCAUACGAAAUGUCUCAGUUAUAUUCGAAAACGGAAAUGGGAAAACAACAUGGAACUAAUAAUCCAACUGAUGAAAUACAAAUUUGUAAGAUCAGUGAACAGCAGAAAAAGUUACGGAAUAAUACCUUACAAAAUGUGAAUAUUACUGACAAGGAUUGUAUUAUAGAAAAAGUUGAACAACACAGUCGAAUUGCAACAGUUAGAUCAAUUUCCUCUGAUCUUCACCUUGAAUCUAUGAGGUUAAAUGCAAAUUACAGUCAAAAGUCAGAUUCAUCAUCUAUGGCAUUAAAUCAACCGGAUUUACAACGCGAGAGUCAUAUGAGCGAUGAAGAAGACCAAAUAAUAACAGAUCUUCAUUUACGUAUGACACGAUUAGUAACAUCAUGGUAUAAUUUGCACAAGAAAUGGCAUCAAAUAUAUGAACGACUAGAAUUACAACUUAGUAUUAAUGAAUUUGCAAGUAUCGCAGAUUCUUUGGAACAUUGGUUGGUACUUCAUUCAGCAGAAGUGGAAUGUUUAGAUAUGGGUGAUUCUAUCAAGGAAACACAAAUAUUAAUUGAUCGAUUAAAUGUUUUGGAACGGAAUACUUUGCCACAAAUCAGCAGAUAUGAAAAACUUAAACAACUUACAAAGUUUGAACUUGCUGAGAUCGAAGAAAAUAUGCUGAAUGUGCCAAUAAGUUGUGUGAAUAUUGUUCACAGUCCGGAUCUAGAAAAUAUACAAACACUUUUAAAAUACUAUGAAUUGAACGAAACAGAUGCAUCAAAUGAUUUUGAUGAUUCUAAGCAGAAUGUCGACACAAUGACAGAUGAGAAUUUAAAGGAUACUACUGAUUCACCUGAAGUUAGUUGGGAGGCGACAGAAGAUUCUAUAAGUGACUAUUUACUGAGAAAACACGAAUGGAUUAAUCAUAAUUGCAAAUCUCGUGAUCGUUCCUGGUAUGAACUAUAUAUGGUUUUAAAUACAUCAGUUAAACAGCUGUUAGCCUAUAAAAACAAAUCUGAUUACAAUGAAGAUAAUCCUCAAUCCAAUACAUUUCGUGGAGAGACUGGAUUAUUGGUGGGACAGAAUCUAUUAACUGCUUGUGAAACAAAGGAUUAUACGAAACGAUCCAAUACAUUUCGCAUUACAUCUACGGCUACCGGAGCUCGGUAUCUAUUCCAAGCUCAAACCAGUGAAAUUAUGAGAAAGUGGCUUGAUUUAAUUCAAAAUAUCAACCGGCAAACGAGAUCAACAUCAGGUCCAACCCUCAUCACUUUAUCGAGACCAUCUGAAGAAUUCCAGAAUCCUUUAGUCAUUGUAGAUAUGCAUGAAACAUUGACUACAUCGAAAAAAUUAACUUUAACACAAAUGUUUAGAUCAAAGACAACUAAUCAAAUAUCAUGCAUGCGAAGACAUAGUUCAACCCAGGAUAAUGAUCUUACAAAUAAUAUGUUGGCGAACACAGAGUCACCACAAAUUCGAAUGAAACGAUUUCCUUCAGUUCGUACAAUGAAAGUAUUUUCACCAAGACAAGUAGUACGUUGGCUGACAUUUAAAUAUUCUUCAUUUUCACCCUCCUGCUCCUCUUCCUCCGGUAUGAGUCAUCAAACGCCUAAAUUGAUUAGAAGUAGUACAUCACAUAAUAUGGAAUCUGAACAGUCUGGUCAACCAACUCCAUUACUACGCAAAAGUUUAACUUAUGGUUCCUUGCAUAAAAUUAGUCGAUUUUCUAUUACACCAAAGAGUCAUAAAGAUACAUGACAUGGAUAUCAUUAGAAUUGGUGUGUAAAAUACAUAUCGACUAUAACAUUUGAUUAUCGUUAAUGUCCCCCCCCCAUCAAAAAAAUGAUAAUUUUUAAUUUAGUUUAUAAGGUAUUAGCAACUAUUCAAUAAAGAGAAUACUUCAUUGAGCCUUUAAAUGUUUAGGUCUAUAUAUAUUCCAAUUAUGAACAAUAAACAAAUGAUUUAUAUUUACAUUUCAAUAAAAGUUAUUUCACAGUUAAAA